AUGCAGUCGCACACAGACUGUGGAGAAGUCAAUAGAGACGAUACCAGGGCCGUUUUGGCCCCCUUUCCCCAGCCUCUGCCUUCGCAUCUCUGCCCCACGCCGCAGCAGCAGCAACAGCAACUGUUGCUGCUGCUGCAGCAGCAACAGCAGCAGCAGCUCGUCUCAUGCGGCCCUCCUUUUAGGGGCGCUCCGUUUGCCGUCCCUCAACCUGCGGCACCGGCGCUUCCCAUACAACUGCAGCAACAACAACUACAUCAUCAGUUGCAGCACCAGUUGCAACAGCAACAAGUGCAGCAGCCGGUACACCAUUUGCAGCAGCAGCAACUGCAGCAGCGGCUGCAGCCUUCAUUUCAGCAGCCACUGCAACAGCAGCUGCAACUGCAGCAGCCGUUGCAAGAACCAGGGCAGCAGCAUUUGCAACUGCAACAACCAUUGCAGCAACAGCUGCAACUGCAGCAACCGGUUCAGCAGCUGCUGCAACUACACCAGCCACUUCAACAGCAGCUGCAACUGCAGUCGCCAUUGCAGCAACCGGUUCAGCAGCAGCUGCAACUGCACCAGCCAUUGCAGCAGCCAUUGCAGCAACCACUCCAACAGCCACUGCAACUGCCACUGCACCAGCCACUCCAACAGCAGCUGCAACUGCAGCAGCAACAACAGCCCCAGAAGCUUCAGCAACAGCCUCUGCACCACGAGGAACGCCUGCAGCAGCAGCAAUCCCAGCACCGUCAGCUUCAGCAGCAGACAUUGCAGCAGCAAGCAUUGCAGCAGCCUCUGCAGCAGCAGCAACGAUUGCAGCAUCAGCAACUGCAGCAGCAACAACUGCAGCAGCAACAACUGCAGCAGCAACCCCAGAGCCUGAUUCCGCUGCCGACUGUGCCGCCCAUCUCUACUUCUCGAUGCGAGGCCCACACAGUAUGUCAGGGGCCCUCAACUCCCGAGGCGGGGGGCCCUGGGGCCCUUCCAGGGGCGACUACACAGGUGGGAAGAGCAGCCUCUGCUGCAGCCUUCUCGUCUACUGGAGAACUGACAGCUGCCGUUGAACCAUGCAGCAGCAGAAGCAGAAGCAGAAGCAGCGACGGCACCGACAGCAGCAGCAGCAGCGUCUCCUUGCCAGAAUCAGCCCCGCAGGGCCGCCAGAUAUCAGAGGAGCCGGCAGCACCGUCGAACUCCUUUGGCAAGAUCCCAGCAUCGGCAGCCGUUGCUGCUGCUGCUGCUUCUAUACCCGCUGCAGCAGCAACUGAGGGAGGCCACCUCCCCAGUGUGAAACCCGAACACUGCAGAAUGGCUGAGGGCCCUCGUGCUCUUGGGGACCCUCCUGCCUCCACCCCAACACAGCAGCAGCAGCAGCAGCAGCAGCAGCAGCAGCAGCAGCAGCAGCACAGGCAGUCGCUGUUGCAGCAGUUGCAUCAGAACGAGCAGAUGCAGCAACAAAUUCUGCGGAAUCUACAGCAGCAGCAGCAGCAGCAGCAGCGCUGGAGACAUCUUCUGGAAGCCUGUCAGGGGGGGGAUGCAGCGGCUGUAGGGACCCCCUUUCCCCUCUCCACUCCAGCGAUCUCAUCUUUGCUUCCUGCUACCCCAACGCAGCAGCAGCAGUUUCCUGCGCAGCAAGGAUGCUUGCACGAGACAGCUGCAGCACGAGACGCAGUACGGGCUCCGUGGGUUCCCCCGUACACCUGCACUCUGCAGGCUGCUGCUCCCGCCGGCAUUUCGGGUGUAUGGACCCCCGAUGGGGGCGCCACGGAUCUGUGUGGUGCAUCUUUGCCUCUUUGUCAGCUACCCCAGGCGGGGCGGCGCCCUAUAGGGUCCCAACCAGCAGCAGAAGCCACUGUUGCUACUGCUGUAACAGAAGGAGCGGCAGGAGCGACAGCAGCGGCAGCCACAGGAACAGAAGGUGAAGAGAGUGCAGCUGCUUCGAUGGGCGGAGGCGAAGGGCCCCAUGUGGGCCCUUCUGUUGCUGUUCCGUCGCAGUUCACUAAAGCGGGGUCUCGCCGGCGCGGUGGUCGGCGCGUCUGUGCCCGUCGGGGGGGCCCUCUGCUGUACCCCAAGGGGGGUAGGGGGGCUUCCCCUGUGCUUGACGGGAAAGGUGCCGUUCCUUUUACCGGCAGCCGCAGCCCGCCUGUUGCUCGUGGUGCUGCAUGCGCUGUGUUGGGCUUUGGGGCCUCCAUGCCGCAGCAGCAACAGCUCACAAAAACGGCAUCUGUUGGGUUAGUGAACUUGGGAGGGGGGAGUUGUUUCUUAAACGUUGUGUUGCAGUAUCUGGCACAUGUGCAGCCUUUGCGGGAUUUCUAUCUCAACUACGCCACAAUGCUACCGCCGUCCGACCUGCUGGGACGGCAAUACGAGGCUUAUACGACUUACCUCGAGGCGUCACGGCAGCAUGUCAAGCGACUCAAGCGGGGUCCCCACCAUCUCAUCCACACGGUCACGUACACCACCUCUGUCACAUGGGAACUGGCGGUAGUUAUAAAUCACAUGUGGAGGUCCCCCAGCACAGUUCGUUUCAUAAAGCCGGAGGCGCUGUACCAAGUGUGCUGCAGAAUUAUGCCUGACUUCGACCCUCGGGAGAUGCAAGAUAGCGACGAGUUUUUGCGUCUCUUGUUGGAUUUUCUUGAUGGCGAGCUGCGCGCGGUGGCCACCGGCAUUCCCCUUCAAAAGGCGCUGAUGUUACAGGCAAUGCCGCGUCGUUUAGACACUCAUCCAUCCGGUUGCAUCUCAGGGGCCCCCUCAAGUCCCAGCUCUUGGGGCCUUCCAACUGAAGGAGCAGGAGCAGCAAGUUUCUUGGGGAGCACUAGGCAGCCGGAGCAGCAAAUAGUUUCUGCAGAGGGGAGUGACGCAGGAACCCCAGGCGCUCUACUGCAGGUGUACCGACGCUCGCACGAAGAAGCACCGCAACAGGACUGGGGAGACGCGAGACUUGCGCCAGUAGGGGCAACGGCCAGAGAAGGUGAAGGAAGAGAGGAUUUGCCUGGGUGUGGGGACUUGCCGACUCUGUUUUCUGUCUUCUUUGAAGGCGCAGAAGUUGACAAAGUCCGCUGUACCAAAUGCGGCAGGUGUACAUCCACCUUGGUGCCCUUCAAAAGUUUGGCCGUCGCGAUGACAAAAGAGGCUCAAGAGGAGUCUUGUUAUCAUGCAAGCCUGAGACUGAAGCCCUCUUCGUUUUUGAAUUUGUUGUCGCCAGUAGAUCUCGUGGAGUGUCUAGAUAGACACUUCGCCGAAGACUGCGAGUCUCUGAAACUCUCCUCGGGCGAAGGGUAUUUCUGCGAGCACUGCAACUCUAAGCAAGAUGCCAUAAAGAGCUGUUCGCUGGUGGAGGGGCAUUUACCUUUUGUGCUGUGUUUGACGCUGAAGCGAUUUGUGAGGGGGAAGCAAACCUACAAGAUUUGGAACCCCGUAAACUUCGGCGAUUACCUUGACCUGUCCAGCUACGUCGAGGGCAGAGAUAGUGCUUCUACUGCUGCUGCUGCACCGGCUGUAAGUGCAGCUCCGGUGAAACGGGGCACCUCGUCGCCUUUCAUUCAACCCUCUGAGGAGGUGCGUAUAUUGAAGUGCACGUACACAUCAACGGUCGGGGAAGGCGCUCUUGGGCCUAUUGAGGCCUCCACCGCAGUGGAGGCAUCAGAAUGUGAAAAGGAAGCAGAAGGACAGGACCUACACAAGAGCCAAAAGCAACCGGUUGUGGCUGAACGCAGCGAGGUGGCACAGGCAUCUGAUUCUUCACCUGUUUGCGUCGCAAACGGUUCGGAAGCUGACGGGGUCUCCGCAGCAAAAGCAGAGCAUUCACAGCCCAGAUCUGUUCGACCAGGAAGUACUCCUCAUAAAGGUCGCGUCUCGGGCUACGGGUAUACAUUGGCUGCGCUGGUGGAGCACGAGGGCCCAGCAACUGAACAGGGGCACUAUGUCUGUUACGUAAAGCACAUUGACUCAGACUGUUGGUUCAGGGCGGACGACAAAGUGGUGGAGCCUGUAGACCUGCAAAGGGUCCUAGCAGCCUCCCCAUACAUCCUCUUUUAUCAGCGUCUCCCAGGAGAAGUAACGGCGCAAACAGCGGGUGCAGAGAAGCUGGAGACAGAAGAAGGCAGCAAGUUGACAACUCAGGGGGAGACACUGGCCAGGGAGGCAAAUAAGGAAGCAUGGAGUGCAGCAAAUACACAUGAGACGGGGGCUAGGAGACACCCGAAUAAAGCAACAGAUGCAGAUACAGAUAAUAUUGUACAGCCACCUCCCUUCAUCAGAGGGUGUGCGGAUCUGAACCAACAGCUGGCUGUUGCUAGAAGCCUCAGUAGGGGCGAGUGGCCCCAGUGGCAACAUAUCAUCUGCCAGAAGUUUAAAUCCGCAAAUGCAGCCAGCCGCAGUCAUACAGGUGUCAGGCCCGAGGCCACAGGGUUUCAAAUGAACCCGGCUGCCGCCUCGUGA